AUGAUAUAUUUCUUCCUUCCGUCUUUGCUAAUUAUCUCUCAGGUCGGUUUUUGCUUUCUAUUCGAUUAUCUUGCCGAUCCGUACCAAUUUGUCGCUCUUGGCCUGCUUUCUCGGGUUGUCCUUGAUCGCUCAGGUAUCGAUUCGUCCAUUUUGAAAUCGUACCCAUUUCUUGAGAAGAUAAAAAAAAAACAAGAAGUAAAAAAUUAAAAGUGAAUUUUUAUUUUCAUCAAAAAUGAAUCUUUUUUUUCUUAAAGCUGUUAGGCAAAAAAUCAAGAAUCUUCUUUAUUGUUUGGUUUUGAACAUUUUAAAUUCUCAUUGAUCAGUUUUUUUUUCAAAUUUAUCCCUUUUCGACCCUAAAAAUCAUCUAAAAUCUAGUUACAAAACAGCGGCGAUACGUGUAUAUAGUAAAGAUUUUUCUUAUUUUCUGUUUUGAGAUCAACGAAAAUUUUACCAUUUUUUCAUUCUAAAAUUGCGUUUUUGUGCAUAGUUUGAAAUUCAAUAUUGCAAAUAGCCUCUCGAAUCCCGAAAUUUCCUGGUCCUCUAUCACACUGCUUCUUUUUUGUUCCAAAUUUCAGCCAUUUUCGCUGGCUAGCUGAGGUUCACGCUGUGUAACCAUUGACCAUGCGCGUUACUUGCGAAGUCUAACAAAAACGAAAAAAGAAAGGAAAAUUGUCUUGGCUACUCCUGAAUAUCAGCAAGAAUGACCUUUGUGGUUUGCGGCCUUGACAGUUCUUUUUAUCAUAUUACUUCGACUCUGUUUGCCAAAAUAACACAGAAAUCAGAUGGGAAACAGUCUUUUUCCAAUCUCUUCUAUUGAAAACUCAUUGGAACCACCAAAGGGGAGUCCCAAGGGUUGAAGGCUUCUGUAUAGUUUGUGAGGCACGUCAUUUCCUGUUGCCAAACCAGGCAGAUUGCCUAGUUGUAAAUAUCCCUGACGAAUGAGGCCACUUGACUCUCCUUUUUUUUCGGCGCAGUUUUCAAACCAACCAGCUAAACUUUUUUGGAAUGGCAAAGGGAAAAGUUUCUGACUUUCGACCGGUAGGAGUUAGCAAAAGAGAUUUUUAAGCUUUGGCACGAUGUCAGAGGUCAACCAGAAGUCCGACCAGCGAUUCGGGUGCGUCUUAAUCGACCUGUCUUCGACCAGGCGUCGCAAAUUGUCGCCGGACUUGUCGAGUACGAAGUACCGCGAGUGUCCAUCCCUAGGACUCGACAGUGCUUCACCGAAGGCUGCGUCGAGGUUGAUCUGACUACGUAGACGUCUUCAAAGAACCCCUCAGGCGCAUUCUUUUCGGAUGACGUCGUUCAGACAGCCUUCCUCUGUGGCCUUCGAGCCUGCCUUGCCCAACAAAUUCCGGAUACGCGUCACUGAUUUUGACUUCAUGUUUGUUUCUUGCUGUUUGGUCGAAAGAAUUUAUCGAUUUUUCAGGGUCAUGGGACAACUUAGCGGUUCAGUCCAAGUGAUCAUCAACAUUCCAGUUAUGGGAAAUGUCAUCAUCACAGGUUAACUGAUUGAAGUGGCAAAAUGAGUGCUAAUUUGGUCUCUGUUAUGAAAUUUGAUGAGCUGUUUUUUCAUCAACCGCUCCAAACGUUGUCAAGGUCAUUAGGUAGUGUCCGUUCUUGAUUUAUGUGUGGCUGUUCAUUCAGAACAAAAAAACCGAAAACAUAAAGUUAAGUAAGAAAAAUGCGAAAAAUGAGGAAGUCUAAAACUCGAUAUCAGUGUACUUCUUUCUCUUUUUUAAUUUUGUUCCACCAAAUUUUCCUCUUCUGGUUUUUAGCCAGGAUAGGGAACUGUAACACAUGUUCAUCUCCCAGAAGCUUAUUUACAAGGAUAAAUGAAAAAGCGAAUAGCUCUCUAUUUUGCGUCACAGAAAAAGUUGCAGGACGCCAGAUUUCGGUGAGCGCCCUCAUGGAUUUGCAGAAGACAGUGGACGACCAGCCGUACCUCCGAUUUGUCGAAUGUCGGAUCGACGACGGCAUCGUCGAAGCGAAACUCGCCAACAUGGGACUCUUGACCGACACCAUCAACAACAAGUACAGGGUACAAAGUCCCUUCGAAGUCGCCCCUUCAGUGUUUCCUUGCAGCCAGCGAUGUCUCUGCAAUCGCGGAUGCAACUCGAGGAGGCCAUCUGCGAGAAUAUGAAUCGCCUCACUCAGUUGCACUUUUCAACGCGUCUUGCGCGGAUUCCUCGGUCCAUCUCGGCCAAAGAAAUCUUGGAUAUCGUUAUCUCUGUAGGUUCUCCAGCCUCUUCAUGAGCUUAAACUAAAACCUGAAGAACAACCUGGAACCAGCACCACCGCUUCAUCCAACGCCAGUGCUUCUGAACGGUAACAACCUCGCCUACCGCCGUCGAACUGCUCGAAAACGGCUCCACAAGCGGGCCGCUUCCGAUGAUUACUACGACGACAUCGAGAAGACCGAAGGACCAUCUCCGUCGAAAUCUGCCACCCCAAACACUUGUUUUUGAAGAGUUGAUCACAGUUACAGACGUUUUUAUUUCAGCCAGACAAAAAAUCACACUGACGCGCAACGACGUCAACAACUUCUUCAAUUUGGUUUGAUUGAUCAACUUUGCCGUAGACGAAAGUUGCAGGAUCGGCUGGCGCAUGUGAUGGUCGACACGACUUUGAUGGACGCCGCCUCGACGUCUCACGAUUUUUCUCUCGGCAUCGCUGGCAACGCCUUCAGCACUCGAUCUCGUUGGUCGCCGGUCGAAGUCUCCGCAAAAAAAAAUUUGCAGAUGGAGUCUCUCCCUACUCGGUGCCGCAUCCGUUCCGAUUACCGCACAAUGAGAAAAGAAAGAUGGUCGAAGUCGUCGUCUCCGAAUACACCAUCAACAGUCUCUUCUACCAAGCUCAUAGGUUUUCUUUUUUUGAGAACUAGCCAAAGGAAUGUUAUGAUAGAAAAUUUCAAACGGAAGAAAAAACUUCUUUUUGAAGAAUUUCUCCACGAGAAAAUAAACCCCAAAUCUCCCUCUGACCCACACUAUUUCAUCGUUAUAUCGCAGUUAGAUGUAUGGAGUCUGCAGAGCGAAAGUUUCACAAGAAAAAAAAAAUUCAAACUUUUUUUCUCAAAAAAUUAUUAAUUUCGUGCUUUUUCAUGUAGACCGUAGCAAUUGUAGUAAUGAAGCUCUAAGUAUCAUUUUUCAUCAAUUUUUCCAGCAGUAAAUUUCAUUGGAUCGCAAAAAGUCGAAAGUACAAAGUCCAUUCCAGGACGAACUCCUUGUUGUUCCACGUGGAUUCCAAAACGCCAGGCGUUGGCGGCCUUUUGAAAACGACUUGCACUGCCGACGAAGUUUGCAUAUCGGACGAGGUGGACAGGGUUAGUAGGCCAGCUAAAAUGUCCUCAAAUGUCCUCACCCGCCGAUUUCAGAUCGGAAAGGUACAUCCGAACCGGAGACUGGAGUUGAUCAUCAGGACGACGCAGCCGCCAAAGAUCGCCUUGUCUUCUGGUCGGUUUCCCAUGGGGGUUCUAGUCGAAGAAGAGCUUCAGACACGUUGACGCUGUCCUUGGCCGGGCGAUGCAUCUUUUUCCUCGAAGGAACUCGUCAGAAAGUCGGAGUUAUUCCCUUCACAGCCGUCGUCAACAUGCGAAUUCACAUGGUCGAACCAAAGCUCAAAGGUAUUUUGUUAUAGAGAAUUCAAAAAAUCUCUGAUUUUUAGUUGAUGUGAAAAUUCAAAGCCUCGAGUUUGCCAAUGGUAUCGACUUCUUGGGUCUCAACGCAGAUGACCUGGACGGUCUGAGGAAAACAACAAAAAAAGCCCUGGAAACGAUGAUCAACGGCGCGACCAACGACGGAUUCCAGUUGUCUACAGCGAACUUGAAGUGGGUUCAUCGCUCUCCAGAAAAAAAAAACCAAAGUGGUUCUCAUUUCUUAGCUAUGAAUGAUUCACUUGGACGAAUGUCUCCAAAAGAGGGAAUCCCGACUUUGAGAUAGUAUAAAAACAUUGAAGGAAAGGGUUCCAAUAUAAACUUUAUCAAUAGCUUACAAGUAGUCCUUCAAGGUCCUUGAGGAUGCUGAAUCUUAAGAAAUGUUCUCCAGUCAACUUAUAAAUUCUAUUGAUAGCUGCAAUUUUGGUCGACAAAAUAAAUUUUUUCGGAAGAUUGUUAUCAAUCGUGAUUCUUCCACAGCGAUUUUAAAAACUUCCUCUUCUCUCGUUUUGACAAAUUUCAGUUUUUCGAUUACAAUUUGAGUGGAGAGAACUGAAAACUUCUGGAGGUACUUUGUUUCACCAAUCAAACAGAAUCACCAAGGGAAGAAUAGUUCUUGGUUCUUAGUUUUCUAAACAUUAUGAUUCUUUACUCACUUUUUCUCAAUUUCAAAGCUCAUUAAUUAGGAAGAAAAACCUCAUAACCGCUAGGAAGUGAAUUCUAAAAAGUGGCCCGACCUGAAACAACUUGCGCGGUGGGACAUUGGAAGUUAUAGGAGAAUUUCAAAAGAUAUAGUCAAUUUUCCCCGACUUGAAAGGCGAGAUGAGUAGACUAUAUGGUGAAGAGUUGCGUGUUCCACGCGGCUUUUUUAAUUCGAGUUUCACGCCAUAAGCCGCGUCGCACACGCAACGCUUCACUCUUGCCCAUUAACAAAUCUUGCCUUUCAAAUCGGAAAGGAUUGACUAUAACUAUCAAAUCGAAUUUAGGCUAGAACAAAAAUCAGUUCUGAGCCUUUCUACGUGCUAUGAGAAGUGUGACCAGCCAGUUUCAGAACACCGAUUCGUCUUUCCUCGCCGCACAUUUCCGUUCUCCCUGGCUCCAUUCUGCUCCAAGCCGACGUUGACCUCUACAAGACGUUGUACGCGAAAAACUGA